UUGUAAACAAUAGGCAUUUGUUUGAUUCCCUUCCGUUUUUAGCUCUCCAGAUAAUCCCACCAUGUUUGAACGCAACCAGAAGACGAUCUUCGUGCUGGACCACACGCGUUACUUCAGCAUUGCCAGCGAGGAGUACAUCUCGAUGGACUUUCUUAAGGGAAAACCUUCUGCGGACAGCGGUGGACCGGGAGCAGCGGGAAACGCAUCUGGCGGUGGAGGAGGUGGUGGAUCCCAGUUCAGCAAAAGCCUCUGGACGUGCGCCUGUGAAUCUUCCAUCGAAUAUUGCCGCGUAGUUUGGGAUCUCUUCCCGGGAAAGAAGCACGUGCGCUUCAUCGUUUCAGAUACAGCGGCACACAUUGUGAAUACCUGGAGUCCCAGUACGCAAAAUAUGUCGCACGUGAUGAACGCUAUGGUGAUGGUGGGGGUGCCCUCCCGCAAUGUGCCCACUCCCUCAGACUACUCUGUGAUCCACGGAUUGCGAGCCGCUAUUGAGGCGCUUGCCGAACCCACAGAUGAGCAGUUGGCGGCGAUGGCCGACUUUGGUCCCGAGGAAGUGACACGAAUUCCCAACAAGGGUCGCGUCAUCUGCAUCACCUCGGCGCGAGAUAACACCAGCAUGAAGAGCUUGGAGGACAUCUUUAAUACGGUUCUGGUCCAGCAAAAUGCCUUGGCAGCGCCGCCCGCUAAGAAGGGUCUGGCAAUUGAUCACUGCCAUCUAGUUAUACUUAAUAUUGUCCCACUGGGCGUUGAAUCACUGGUCACCAAUCGCAGCCUGCUUAAUAUCUCUCCGCUGCUCGAUGUGGAGAUCCACACGGUUAGUGCCCCGGACAUCUCGUACAAGCUGACACACCUAAUCCUGAAUCACUAUGACCUGGCCAGCACUACGGUUACUAACAUACCGAUGAAGGAGGAACAGAACGCUAACUCCAGCGCCAACUACGACGUGGAAAUCCUUCAUAGCCGGAGGGCUCACUCAAUAACUUGUGGCCCAGACUUUAGCCUACCCACAAGUAUAAAGCAAGGUGCCACAUACGAAACGGUAACCCUCAAGUGGUGCACACCGCGCGGUUGCGGCUCUGCAGAUCUGCAACCCUGCCUGGGACAGUUCCUGGUAACGCCAGUGGACGUGACCUCUCGGCCCAGCUCUUGUCUUAUUAACUUUCUCCUUAACGGGCGCUCUGUAUUGCUAGAAAUGCCAAGAAAGACGGGCUCCAAAGCUACCAGUCACAUGCUAUCUGCCCGUGGCGGAGAGAUCUUUGUGCAUUCCCUGUGCAUCACGCGGUCCUGCAUGGAUGAGGCUCCAGCGAUUGCAGACGGGCCCGGAGGACGCGUCUCGGACUACCGCACCGCGGAACUGGGACAGCUUAUUAAGAUGUCACGAAUGGUGCCACUGAAAGUUAAGGACCCGUCUGCUGCAAAUUUAACGCGCCGUUUGCCACGCUACUUCCCCCUGACCACCAGCUCAUCGAUCCUGUUUCACCUACAGCGUCAGAUUAGUUGGCUACCACACUUUCUUCACCUUUUGGUCAAGGAGGAUAUGGAUAAGCAGGAGGAGGUGCGGUGCCAGCAGCACAUCCACGAACUCUAUAAAAGCGCCUCACGCGGCGAUGUUCUGCCCUUCACCCACACUAAUGGAGCCAGGCUAAAGCUUUCCAAGGCCAAGGACCAGUAUCGCUUGCUGUAUAGAGAGCUGGAACAACUUAUCCAACUAAAUGCCACCACAAUACACCAUAAGAAUCUGCUGGAAAGUUUGCAAAGUUUACGAGCAGCCUACGGCGAUGCGCCACUUAAAUCGGAAUCAAGUGCCGGUCUUUUACGAUCAUACACCGAAUCCCCACUCUCACCUGAACGCCUGGAACCCAUCAGCAGCGGCAGUGCCAGUGGUAGCAACAACUCCAAUAGCCUUCUCAAGGCCAGCAAGCGUCGCAUGUCCAGUUGUGGCCAAAGGUCCCUGCUGGAUAUCAUCUCCUCGGCAGAGCGAAGUCAGUCUAACAAACGAUUGGAUUUCUCUGGUCGCCUUUGCACGCCGUUGGGGCAAGUGGCUAAACUGUAUCCAGACUUUGGCAAUAAGGAGAAAGACUCCGUAACGACGGGACCCACCAUUACGCCGAAUGUUAAGGAGGAAUCAAUUCGGAGUUAAAUAGGAUUACAGAGUCCCGACUUUAAAAUUGUAUUUAUAGAAUGAAACUUUAUGAAAAGUCCUAAAAGAUAACUUUUUGUUAGGAAUCGGUUGAGUGUUGCAAUUAAGUAUUUUUCUGUGAGUUUUUGACUUGCCUCUAAGCCAAUUUUAUUCCUUUGAUUCAAUCUCUUUUUAAGGCUGGGAAAAGCCAAUUUAUGAAAAUACUUAGAAUACUUAUAUUACUUCAUGUCAGCUGCCUCAAAAUGAAUUAGUUUAUGAUUCAAUUUAAAUGUUUAACUUAAGAUAUUAUUUUCCAGCGGAUGAGAUCAGUCUGUUUUUGAUCUUUCCCCAUAUCCAUUAAUAAACGUAUUUUAAAUUAAA